CUUCUGUUCGCUCUCUCUAGACGCUUUCGCGUUGGAACUGGUGAAUUCCGAUGUGCUGGAUGGGCUCAUCAAAAAGUUCAACAUUUUGAACGCCCACCUGCGCAUAUGAGAGUGCACAGCUCCCCCGAGGUCGCCUCACAUUUGUCAUGCAAAGAACCCGACCGUCGCGUCUUUGCCUUUUGGUUUUGGCCCUUGUUUGUGCAAGCAUGACAGGUUGCGAAAGACCAAGCACCAGGACUUAAGUACUUACCUACUUCAAUCCAGCAAAAAGUGUUGUGGAUCUGUCAUGCCCAAGCUGCAUUAGAUUCGUUUGGGUUCCUUCUGAUUGAGAUUGUCACAGCCGUUAUUGUAGUUGCUGUAGAUGAUCAUGCGUUUUGAUCAUUGGGGGCCGCGCAGGGGGAGGUGUGCAGCACUCGGAUACCGCAGGGGCGCGUACGCGGUGCAGUUGCCCCUGGUCGCCUAUACCACUGCUGGGUUUGGCUUGAUGUUCGGCAUCCUACACCACUUCCUGCAGGCGCAAACCGGGUCGGGCGACCUCAGUUACUGUGCAAUCCUGUGGGUGCUCGUCAUCAUUGCGCUGGGCCUGACGCUUCUCAACACGAUCGCAAUGAUCAACAUCAAAUGUCAGCGCCUGCCGACGCUGGUACUAACUUACUACUUUCCUGCUCUUUCUGGUGUUGGAUAUCAAACAAGAGCCAUGAUCGACAUCGAUGUAGUUGAAAACUAGAAACGUAGAACUCCAACUACCCAACAAAUCAUGGGCUUUUCUUCAGGUAAACUCGCUGAAUUUUGGGCUGGAAAUUGACUAUGACCGAUGGUGCGUAGCGUCGCACAUCGCAGCCUGUGAUGCGGGGUUCUUCGUGUACAAUGUUCGACUAGCGCCUGCUUCGGUCUUGAAGUUUGGGUAUUUGAGUAUGGCAGUUGGGUUGUACCUGAUCUCCAGAAUGGUCAAGUUGGAAUAACGAGCUGGGCGCGGGAGAAAACUAGUACUUGUUUAAUUAUUCACACUUCAUGAUGAUCAUCUCAGUUGCAGGCUCUAUUUAUUAUCGCAAUUCAUCUUUCGCACGUAGAACUUACUUGCUCCUCUAAUUGUAGUUUACAUUUUGUUUUUGAUUCUGUCUCUAGUGUUCUCGAAUUAACAGAAAGACUCAAUAAAAAAUGAUGAAAGACAGCAAGGCACCACUGUACGUCGAUUCGACACAAAUAAGCCUGUGCAAUGCCGUGGUAAGCCGUUUCAAGUUUGUACGAGUGAAAAAUGUAGAUUCUCUUUUCUUCUUGAGCCUGGCAUACUCACAGCAAGAGUAAACGAAAAUCAGUAAAGUCCUCGCCUAACUGCAUAUUUUCAACACUGUCAUGCAUGAUGCGAAAAAGGACACGAAGUAGCAUAGCAAAGUGAAACUCAUAUAUGGCUAUCUGAGCUGAGACUGAGCCUGAAUCUUAAAGUAGAACGGACAGGAACAAUACGAGCGUUUACGUAAAUUAAUGAAAUUAUCGUUGUUAAAGAGUCAGUAGUUGAGUAGUUUCAGAUUUCACGGAUCGUCUAACCUUGCGGAGAAGAAAUGGUGUAUAUGUUUUGUAUGAUGUUGAUUAUGUCGAAUGAAUCAUGAUUGAUGGACAAUCAUGGCAUGUGAUAUCAUCCAUACUGAAAUAGCGUGGUUGGUCUGCUGUAUCGAAACACUUGUGGAUAUGGGUGCUUUAUAUCGUGC